AUGGCCUCAAAAUAUCCCGCAGCGUUGAACCCCACCGAGGAGGACAUCCAGCUCCUCUUGUCUGCCCAGGCUCACUUGGGCACCAAGAACUGCGAUAAGCAGAUGGAGCCAUACGUUUGGAAGCGUCGUGCAGAUGGCAUUCACAUCAUUAACAUUGGAAAGACCUGGGAAAAGCUCGUGUUGGCAGCUCGCAUUAUCGCUGCAAUUGAAAACCCGUCGGAUGUUGUCGCCAUCUCGGCUCGUCCUUACGGCCAACGUGCGGUUUUGAAGUUUGCCGCAAACACUGGUGCUCAGGCAAUUGCUGGCCGAUUCACUCCUGGUAACUUCACCAAUUACAUCACCCGCUCGUUCAAGGAACCCCGCCUCAUUAUCGUUACGGACCCUCGCGUCGAUCACCAGGCCAUCCGCGAGGCAUCUUACGUUAACAUUCCCGUUAUUGCCUUGUGCGACACCGAUGCUCCCCUCAAGUUCGUCGACGUUGCGAUCCCUACCAACAACAAGUCGAAGAACUCGAUUGGUCUCAUCUGGUGGCUUCUUGCCCGUGAAGUCUUGAGGCUGCGCGGUACCGUUCCUCGCACGCCCGAUGGCUGGAACGUCAUGGUUGACAUGUUCUUCUACCGUGAUCCUCAGGAGGAGCAGGAGCAGGAAAAGCCCGCUACCACUGGAGUUCCUGGUGCAGGCGACGAUUCUGCUCAGCCAGUGACCGACUGGGAUGCUUCUGCUGCUCCUACCAACGCAGGAGCCGCCGCCGUUAUAGGCGAUGCUGGACUUGACUGGGCCGCUGAUCCUGCCGGCAACACCGCUGACUGGGCUGCCGAGCCUGCCGGCACCACCUGGGGCAAUGAGCCUACUGCCGAUACUACCUGGAACUAG